ACGAAGCAGCUACUUCCGCCAGGAGUCCGUAGCGGCUGGGGCUUGGGUCCUGGCCCCCAAGGCGACCUCUGUCUUCUUCGCUCAGCCCGGGGCGGCAGCCGGGGCUGUCGCUAGGCGUUCUCUGUGGCCGAGUCCGGGGCCGAUGGAGCGGAAGAGACGCCUCGUCUAGGCCCCCCGUGGCCGGUUGGCUGCCCGCAGGCCCUCGCCGCGCCCACUCAGCCUGGGGCGGGACAGGCCUCCAGGGCCUGGACUCCGCCCCGCCGGCCAGCCCCGGGCCGUCUCGGGCUUGCGGCGGUCCUACCGUCUAGCACCUCGGGCACUUGGCAGUGUGGCCGCCACGGGAGCAUGGAGUUUGCGGAGCUGAUUAAGACCCCGCGGGUGGACAAUGUGGUGUUACACCGGCCUUUUUAUCCGGCCGUGGAGGGGACCCUGUGUCUGACUGGUCACCACCUGAUCCUGUCCUCCAGGCAGGACAACACGGAGGAGCUGUGGCUUCUCCAUUCAAACAUCGACGCCAUCGACAAACGAUUUGUGGGCUCUCUGGGUACCAUCAUAAUAAAAUGCAAAGAUUUUCGAGUUAUUCAGUUGGAUAUUCCUGGAAUGGAGGAAUGUUUAAAUAUAGCCAGUUCCAUUGAGGCAUUGUCCACCCUGGACUCGGUCACCCUGAUGUACCCUUUCUUCUACCGACCCAUGUUUGAGGUGAUAGAGGAUGGCUGGCAUUCCUUCCUUCCAGAGCAGGAGUUUGCGCUCUACUCUCCAGCUACCAGUGAAUGGAGGCUGAGUUAUGUCAAUAAGGACUUUGCUGUCUGCCCUUCUUACCCCCCGGCUGUCAUAGUGCCCAAGUGCAUUGACGAUGAAGCGCUCCUGAAGGUAGCUGCCUUUCGACAUGGAGGCCGUUUCCCAGUGCUGAGCUAUUACCAUAAGAAAAACGGAAUGGUGAUUAUGCGUAGUGGACAGCCGCUGACUGGCACAAAUGGGCGAAGGUGCAAGGAAGACGAGAAGUUGAUAAAUGCAGCCCUCAGGGCAGGAAAGCGGGGCUACCUCAUUGACACCCGAUCUCUAAACGUGGCUCAGCAAGCUAGAGCCAAAGGAGGCGGCUUUGAACAGGAAGCUCAUUAUCCCCAGUGGAGGCGGAUUCAUAAGUCCAUUGAGAGAUAUCACAUUCUUCAGGAGAGCUUAAUCAAACUCGUGGAAGCUUGUAAUGACCAAACACAUAGCAUGGACCGAUGGCUUGGCAAAUUGGAGUCCUCCAACUGGCUGACUCAUAUCAAAGAGAUUCUGACAACUGCCUGCCUGGCGGCUCAGUGCAUUGACAGGGAAGGAGCAUCAGUGCUGAUUCAUGGGACGGAAGGAACUGACUCCACACUGCAAGUAACUUCCUUGGCCCAGAUCAUCUUGGAACCAAGAAGCAGGACCAUCUGUGGCUUUGAGGCCCUAAUAGAAAGAGAGUGGCUCCAGGCAGGGCACCCGUUCCAGCAGCGCUGUGCACAGUCAGCCUAUUGCAGCAGCAAGCAGAAGUGGGAGGCGCCCGUGUUCCUUCUCUUCCUGGACUGCGUGUGGCAGAUCCUUCGCCAGUUCCCAUGUUCCUUUGAGUUUAACGAGCAUUUCCUCAUCAUGCUCUUUGAACAUGCCUACGCCUCACAGUUUGGCACAUUUCUGGGCAACAAUGAAAGUGAGAGGUGUAAGUUGAAGCUUCCACAGAAAACAAUGUCUUUGUGGUCCUGGGUCAAUCGGCCCAGUGAGCUGAGCAAGUUCACCAAUCCCCUCUUUGAAGCCAACAACCUCGUCAUCUGGCCCUCCGUCGCUCCCCAGAGUCUCCAGCUGUGGGAAGGCAUUUUCCUUCGCUGGAGCAGGUCCUCCCGCUAUCUAGAGGAAGCGUAUGAGGAGAUGGUGAACAUCAUUGAGCACAACAAGGAACUGCAAGCCAAGGUCAAUCUCCUGCGGAGACAGCUGGCUGAAUUGGAAACAGAGGAUGGGAUCCGGGAGAGUUCAUAAAAGAUUUCCUCACUGGCCUUAAAGACCUUCCCAGGGCUGAGUCCACCUUCCACUCUGUUUUCCCUUUAGUUCAUUUGUACACAGUAAUCCUGGACUUAAGGCUUGAGACAUGGGAUCUCUAUAAUGUCAUAGCUUUCUCAAUACAGUAGGAAUGAAAGUCACUAUAAACAUUUAUAUGUCAUGUGGCCUAUUAAGCCCUGUGCUUUGUGAACAGGAAGGAGGUGCUAGUCAUUUCAUUGAACAUGACCUCGUGCCCUAUUUGAUGCUGUCCUCCAUGUCCACUCACCAGACAUUGCUGCAGACGAGUCAGCCUCUUUGGAGAGUAGUUGGUGGUCUAAAGAAAAAGGCUUAUAGGCCCUGGAGUAUAGAAAUUUUUUCUAAACUGAAAUGGCUGAUAAAGCAAGAAUUCUGUGCUUAACAUGCCAUUUCCAUUUCUUGGUCAUGUAAAAUACCUUCUCUUUAAACCAGCUUUGAUGAACAAGGCUGAAUUCAUGCUCAUUGUUCAUUCUGGUUAGUUAAGAAAGGAAAAUCAGAAUAGUUAUUCAAGGUAAAUUCUCUCUCCAGGGUUAUGUAUGGCCCUCUGACAUUUUCUCUAAGAAAAGUCAAAUCUACAGGUAGACACUAAAGAUGUGCAGUGUAGAAUUGAAGUAGGGAUUUAUUACCAAUAGGGAUCUGUCACUGUUGUAUUGUUCUUUUCAGGUUUUGUCCACUCAUAGGCAAUGUAUAUCUAACAGUGGUUGCAGAACUGAACUUGCACUUGAAUAGGAUUAACUUGUUACAAUUAAGCUACCCUAGGUUUCGUUAAACCUGAGAGGCGCUGCUGCGUCUGACACCUGCACUGGCUUACCCCCUGUCUGUGUUUUAUUCUACUUUCAAGAGUUUACUGAUACCACGGUUACUUUUAUGUUGGCUUAUGCCAUUUUUAAAUUUAUCUAGACUGCUGAUUUGCCCUUUAAGUGUUGGGCAAAUAGCACUUAACUGGAGCAGGAAGUUUGUGGCUCUGAUGUAGCUGUGCGUCCCAAGUUUCACACACAGUCUUGCAUGGCCCAGUGUUGCCGACACAGCCGUGUCCUGCUCCAAAUGCCCGCAGCUUGAAGGCAUGCGGCUAAGCACUUUGCGUGUCAUUUCUGUCUUGCAGCACUGCUUAUUUUAGCAGACCUUCGAGAUUUUCUUUAACAGGGAAAUUGAAGAGUGAUUUUUAAUGCCAUUUCUACUUCAUCUGUAUAUAACCAUUUCCCUAAAUUCUUCCCCACUUAUGUAUCAAGGUAAAAAUAUAAGUUUAAAAAUUAACUAGAGCAGCCGGGUAUGGUAGCACAUGCCUUUAAUCCCAGCACUCGGGAGGCAAAGGGAGGAGGAUUGCCAUGAGUUCGAGGCCACCCUGAGACUCCAUAGUGAA